UAACACAGUGAAACCAUAGCAGCAGCAGCAGCAGCAGCAACACCAGUUACCACCACCAUGUCGGGGCCGGUGAGCUCCUCCGCACUCCGGACGGCGAGAAAACUGAGCUUAUUAGCCCGAUACAGAACCACUAUCAGUACCAGUAGCUUAGUCAACAACUACAUAUCACAUGAACAUUCAUUUUCUUCUUCCACCACAACUGGAAGAAUUAAAAAAACCGCUCCGUCUGAUUUUACAACAAAUUGGCGGUUCAUCCGCCGGUUUAGCUCAAUUGCGGCGGCUCAAUCUGAUUAUGAGGCGAAAAAUUCAUAUCACUAUUCAGCUAUAGAGUUAGCUCUCGACUCCGUGGUGAAAAUAUUUACAGUAUCGAGCAGCCCUAACUAUUUUCUUCCGUGGCAGAAUAAGCCCCAGCGUGAAACUAUGGGCUCCGGGUUUGUUAUUAGUGGGAAAAAGAUUCUGACAAAUGCUCAUGUUGUGGCGGAUCAUACAUUUGUCCUUGUGAGGAGGCAUGGUUCUCCCACCAAGUAUAGAGCUGAAGUUCAAGCUGUUGGCCAUGAGUGUGAUUUGGCUAUUUUGGUUGUUGAAAGUGAAGAGUUUUGGGAGGGGAUGAAUUGUUUGGAGCUCGGAGAUAUUCCGUUUUUACAGGAGGCUGUUGCUGUUGUUGGAUAUCCUCAGGGUGGUGACAACAUUUCUGUCACUAAAGGUGUUGUAUCAAGAGUUGAACUCACACAAUAUAUACAUGGUGCAACUCAGCUGAUGGCAAUACAAAUUGAUGCAGCUAUAAAUCCAGGGAAUAGUGGUGGCCCAGCAAUAAUGGGCAAUAAAGUUGCUGGUGUAGCUUUUCAAAAUCUUUCAGGUGCUGAGAAUAUUGGUUACAUAAUACCCGUUUCCGUGAUUAAGCAUUUUAUUGAGGGUGUGCAAGAAAAAGGAAAAUAUGUUGGAUUCUGCUUGCUGGGUCUAUCAGUCCAGCCAACUGAAAAUAUUCAACUGAGAAAGUACUUCCGUAUGCGACCUGAAAUGACCGGAGUACUUGUGAGUAAAGUUUAUCCUAUAUCAGGGGCACAUGGAGUCCUACAAAAAGAUGAUAUUAUCCUUGCAUUUGAUGGUGUACCUAUAGCAAAUGAUGGAACAGUUCCUUUUCGAAAUAGAGAGCGGAUAACUUUUGAUCAUUUGGUGUCUAUGAAGAAACCCAAUGAAACAGCUUUACUAAGAAUUUUGAGGGACGGUGAAGAGCAGGAAUACAGUAUCACUGCCAGGCCUUUGCAACCACUUGUUCCAGUUCAUCAAUUUGAUAAGCUUCCUAGUUAUUUUAUUUUUGCCGGUCUGGUCUUUAUUCCACUCACACAGCCAUAUCUUCAUGAGUACGGAGAUGACUGGUAUAAUACAUCACCUCGUCGUUUGUGUGAACAUGCACUGAGGGAGUUACCUAAAAAGGCUGGUGAACAACUUGUGAUUCUUUCCCAGGUGCUGAUGGAUGAUAUAAAUGCAGGAUACGAGCGGCUUACAGAAUUACAGGUUAAGAAAGUGAACGGAGUGGAAAUUGAAAAUCUGAAGCAUUUGUGCCAGCUUGUUGAGAAUUGUAGUGUAGAGAACUUGAGGUUUGAUUUGGAUGAUGAAAGAGUAAUUGUAUUAAAUUAUAACCAUGCAAAAGUGGCGACUUCCAAAAUGAUGCAACGUCACAGAAUACCUUCUACUAAGUCCUCUGACCUUACUGAUGAGUAGCACAAAUUCGAAAACGGAGCAAAUGGAUUCCAUACGAGAGUUGGUCCAUAUAGAGCCGAAUCAGACCUCUGAAAUGUGAACAGUUAGAAUGAGUUUGGACUUUGAUUCCAAGAGUUCACUCCAAUGUUUAAUUCGUGCGGAAUCCAUCAUGAAGUGACAUUGCAGAUGAGUAGUAUGGAUUGGAAAAUGAAGUGGCGCAAUGGAGCUGUCCUCGGCUUUUAUGGAUGAUUUUCGUGAGUUAUGUAAAGAUAUUUUUAGAGGUGGAUAAGCAGGUGUUUGUGCCACCAAUUUUGCUGGUUUUAAUUUUUUUUUUCCCCUAAAAACAAUCAAGGGUGAUAUUUAUUAGGAUUUGCAGUUCCAGAUUCUAGGUUUAAAGUUCAAGGUUUAGGGUUUAGGUUCAAUCUAUAAAUUUAGACUACCGGUGAAUUAUUGUAAUACUUGAUACAUUAGGGUUGAGUUUAAUUUCCAUUUCAUAAUAAACCAAACAACUAGAGAAAAAAAUUUAUUUUCA